AUGGAUCGUCAAACUAAAUCCCACGUGAAGAAAGUCAUUGGCUCUCCAAGAAAAACUGUUGGAAAAGAUAACAAAUCACCAAGAAAGACUGCUGUUCCUCGACAAGCAGCAACUGCCAUACCUGAUAAUAGUGUUGGGUUGAGCAGAUAUAUUAUUCCUGAAAAACCAAGAGACCAAUCAAAGACCAUUGUUGUUGAACUCAAUGCAACAAUAAAAUCAGUGAAUAAUCUGUUGGGAGAAAAUAUGGAACAAAAUCCAAGAAAUGAAGGUGAGAAGAAUGAAAAUAACAAGACUGAGGCGAUUAAAACUGGCAAUCGCGUUAUGGAGAAAGAUGAUAUGUCUUGGCCUGAGUUAUUUGCAUGGGAGUUGAAAAAUGCAAAUGGAGGAGAGUUGAUGAAAGAGGAAGAUGUUGCAAUGAUUUCCACCAAUAAGGAUUUGUUGAAAGAAUGUAUUGAUUUUAAGAAGUAA